GUGGACACACAGGGUGUCCUGUCAACGAGUGGCCUUCUCUCGUGUCUGGCACAUCCUUUUCGAGGUGCUGAGGCAUUGGAAAUCAGAAGUUACUGUCAUGCUUGCCCUUGGGCAACAGCACAGCCUUGCGUGCGCUGAUGGAGAUAUCGUGCUGGCAUGGGGCGACAACCAUCGUGGUCAAUUUGGAGACGGCAAGAGAACAUCUCGGCCGACUCCUGAAAAGGUGUUUGACGCUGACUUUGUCGGCCUGGCGGCUGGAAUGCAGCAUAGCAUGGGCCUGACCCAAACGGGUCGGCUCCUUUGCUGGGGAGGCAACGAGUUCGGGCAGCUUGGCGACGGUACGAUCCGGCCACGGCUGGAGCCAGUUGAGGUUGAGCUGCCUGGCAUCAAGCAGAUCUCCGCAGGCUGGUGGCACAGCUUGGCUGUUACGGGCAGUGGUGAGGUCUGGACCUGGGGACAGAAUAAGCAAGGCCAACUCGGCGACGGAACACAGGAAACGCGCAUGUCUCCUGUGCGAGUGGCAUCCGGAGUACGACAGGCUGCGGCUGGGUGGCUGCACAGUUGUGCUGUGACGGAGUCCGGGCAGGUACUAAUCUGGGGAACUCUGGAUGGAGUCACUUAUCCUGAGAUGACGGAGGUGGCCGAUUCCAGCUAUGGAGCGGUGGCCGUCGACUGCGGCUAUGCCCACACGGCCUUCCGCACGAGAGAUGGGCAGGUCUUCGCCCUCGGUGCGAAUGCCCGUGGCCAGCUUGGGAAUGGCUCCACAGAUGCCUUUGCUCUGCCAGUUCGUGCGCAGACCACCGCCGUCAGUGGCUCGCCUGUGUGUGCACUGGCCUGUGGCUACGAGCACACUGUGGCGCUUACGGAUGCAGGUGAGGUGCUGACAUGGGGUGCCAAUGACCUUGGACAGCUGGGAGACGCAAGCGCUGAAGACCGCAGAGUUCCUCAGAGGGUCUUUCAGCAGAACGACUGCGUGGGGAUUGCCGCCGGCUGGCAUCACACUGCAUGCUGGGCGUGUGAGCGAGGUGAGGUUUGGGUUUGGGGCAGCAACCUCGAGGGACAGGUUGGUGAUGGCACGAAGGAGUGUGCUCUGAGCCCGCAUCGCGUGCUGCGACAGUACCCGCUCCUGAUGCACCCUUCCCGGCUAGCAGUCAGCUUCUUGCAGUUGAUCGACUUCCAGGAAAAAGUGCGGGAGGAGUCCAGGAUCACGUACCCUGUCAUGACUGUGCGAGAGGUUGUGCACCAGGUCGUCCGGCCAGCUACAGCCUCCCAGCCAAAUCUUGGCUACGCACGUUUUCUGAAUUCUACUCGGCCUCUGUCGGGUGAGGCUUUCAUCUCCCACGGCUGGGACGGGCCCUUCGUGGCUUUCGUCGAGGCUGUGGUGGAGGUCUUCUCUUCAUGGCAGAAGCCGCCCAAUCUUUGGAUUUCCUUUCUGGCCCUGUCCGUCCACGUCCUGGUGCCGCUCCGCUUCCGCCGGGAGCCCCCUGAGGCACCCUGGGCACUGGCCCUCCGGCGGGCAAAGAUAGUGCUUCUCGUCCGGAACCGCAGGUGCGAUGUCUACAAGCGGCUCUGGUGUGUCUUCGAGCUCUUUGUGGCCUCCAGCCUGGGCUUCUUGAGUCGCCCAGGAGGGCUACUGGUCCACGGGGCCAACCACCCAGCCACGGAGCGGGUGGUGAAACUCUCGGGUUGUCAGACCUCUGUGCCGGAAGACAAGGAGUGGCUGCUGUCCUACUUCGACCAACACCCUGGCUCAGCGGAGCAAGCAGAAAGGGUCGCUAGCCAUGUACAUAAGACUUUUUAUCGCUGA